AUGUGCCGCAAAUGUAAGGCUCAUGGUCAAGCCGUGCCAGUCAAGAGGCAUAAGCGAGCCUGCCCCUACCUUCAGUGUCGGUGUUUGAAGUGCAGACUAGUGGAUCAGGGCAGGAAGGUUGUUGCCAGACAAAUAGCCCUCUACCGAGAUCAAAAAGGUCAUUCCGGAGGCUCCAGCGGUUCCACUAACACCACUCAUUCUCGUGGAUCUCGUGACGAACAUUCACGUCCUCGUCUGGCAGGUCUUCGACCUAAUACCCUUCUUCAAUUGCCUCUACCUCGGGAGCUGAGGAUUGAUGGAGCCCGAGUACUACCCUCUUUAAUGACUCCCAGCGUCAAGGUCGACGGUCAAGCACUGAUUGGUGGGAGGACGGUGGCCGGUCCGCAUUGUCGUAGAUGCCGAAAUCACAAUGUUGCGGUGACGUGGAAAGGUCACAAGAAGUCUUGCCCCUAUAGAAAUUGUCCUUGUGACCCCUGUCGCUUGAUUAAUGUGAGGAAAGACACGGAGAAGACCCUACGAGAUAUGGCUGGAAUUGAGGAGAAAUCGGUACUACCGACAGCAUUGCUGGCAGAAGAGGCGACAACCGCGGCAACAGCGACAACAAUGAGUAAUUUCUUUCCAUAUCUAAUGCCCGUGAAUAAUGUCCCACAACCGGCAGACAUACGAGAGCCUUCAUUGACUGCUGCGGAGCCUGUAUCUUGGAAUGAAACUGUCUUUCCACAACAUCCAACCAAAAGGGCGCGCUCUCUACAGGACUUGAAUGCCCAUUUAUCCGUCUCAGAAGCUCAAGUGAAUAAUGCCACGGUGAAUCAAAGCGAAGCACUUGAACAGACCCGAGUCGAUUCUCUAGAAGGGGCUAGAAAUGCGGAGCAGUCGGGAAAUAGCAGUAACAGCAGUAACAAUACGGUUACCACAACAAAUACUACUAGUAACAAUGUAAGCAGUACAUUUGAGCAAUACCAUCGAAGUGCAAAUUACGAUGCCUACUAUGAGGAAAAGGCGCCUCGUGCAGUUCUUCCCUUCUGGCAGAGUUUCAGUCACUUUGAGGAAAAAUCCACAAUUCCCGGACAGAGCUACAUUGGAGGUUACUAUGGUCUUGAAAAUGGCCGAGUUUUUCAUGGUAACAGUCAAGGUCAUCACAUGUACAGCCCUGAAAGAGUAUCUGCAGUGGCAGCGGCGGCAGCAGCAGCUGCCGCUAUGGUUGCUAUGACACCGCCAAUAAACGGAGCCUAUCAACAGCCCUGUUACCCUCCUCAAGGUCGCCCAGGGGGCCUGUGUCAUCCCCUAACCUCUCAACAUUCCGAUCACCUGGGAUACACUUCCUCAGAGGACUUCAACUCACCGAACACCUAUCAAACUCGAUUUCAAAUUGAAAGGGGGCGUGCAGACGAAUACUGCUGUGGUAGUGGAGGAGGUAUAGGCGGCGGAGGUGGAGGGGGAGUUGGAGGAAGUAAUGGUGGCUGGGGUGCCUACAGAUACCCUUAUAUGGUGAGAGGCCUCCCUUUUCAUCCUGGUGACCCAAUGGAAGCAGACUUCGCAUUAGCUGGUAGUCAAAGACACACAAAAAUCGGAGGCGCUGUGAUGCCCAAGGUUGUUGAUGAGUCGUUGUACUCCGGACCUGUGGCUCAUGUAUGGCGAAGUCAGCUGCAUCAGUUAAGUAUCUCUCAAUUGAGACCUGAAGUCGCGGAGGAGGUAAAAAACUUUCAACAGCUCAAUUGUGAUAACAAAAUUGCGUGUCCAAAUGACGUCAAACGUGAUGCCGGUAAGAGUGAAACCGCUGUCCAAUCAGCCAAUCAGACGAUAACCAUCAGGAGUGCAAUGGAUGGAAGUCAACGUGCGGGCGCUUUUCGGGAGGAAAUUCCCUCCUCAAAUAGUAGCCAACCCCCUCCUCCACCAACUCAACAGCAGCAACAGCAACGUCAACAGACGGAGGUCAUCUUCGAAGCGGAUCCGGGUUCCACAUCUGAGAGAGAAGGGCCAUAUCAAGCGUUUGCAUCUACCACCAGUGGCUCCUCUUUCACGAUCGAUGAUGCACAACCACACCCCUUUCCUGCUGUAGGCGCGGAGACAUAA